AGACUGUACUGCAUGAAAAUCCCAGGAGGGCAGCUGUUUCUGUGAUGCUGGAACCACCACAUCUGGCACCAUCCAUCUGGCACAGUCACUUAGUCGCUUAGAUCACACAUUUUGCCCAUUCUAAUAGGCUAAUUUGGGUUGGAAGCCACUUGUGGUCCAGUCUGGUCUGAUGUGUUCUCAUCUCCUUAGAUAGGAGGCGCUGUUUUCUAAAAUGAGUCUCUCAAAGGAGCCAGAGACCAAAGGAGGAACCCUCAGCACUGAGAGGAAGAGGGUCCAGGUAGAUAGAGCAGGGUCACCUGUACCCAGCUGUCUGUCUAUGAAGUGUGAUCCUUCAAUGGAACCUCCAAUCAAGUUAAGACGAAAGUUUACAGGUGAUCAAAGGGUCCAGGUAGAAAGAGCAGGGUCACCUGUACCCAGCUGUGUGUCUAUGAAGAGUGAAGAGUCAAUGGGGCAACCAAUUCACUUCAGCAGCGGGUUCACAGGGGAUCCAAGGGUCCAGCAGUCACUGAAGUCCAGCUCUUUUGAAGAGAAGAGUUCAGAUAAAUUAUCUUCCCCAAAAAAGCCACCCCUCCAGGAGUGGGAUUCCCCCAGAAGACGGCAGUCUCUCCUGCGCAAUCUGAAGAAGCUGAAGAAGGAUGAGUUGAAACAGUUUCAGAGCCAUCUGAGUCAGAAUUGCCCAGAAUGCUUUAAAAUUCUGUCUGAAGAUCCUUCUGUACUUGAUAAGUUUAUGAAGAUCAAUAAAUUAUUUGAGAGUCAUCAAAUUGCUGAUUACCCAGAAUGCAUUCAGAGAGAACAGGAAGAUUCUGAGGCUGUGUACACAGUUGAGAAGAUGGUGGAGACCUGUGGCAGUGAGAGGUCUCUGAAGAUCACACUCCACAUCCUGAGGAACAUGAAGCGGAAGGAUCUUGCCGACUCACUGGAGAGAGAUGAGCAGCUCAAUGAACCCAUAAAAAGAGCCCAGCAGGAACUGAAAACUCAUCUGAAGAAGCAGUUUGAAUGCAUAUUUGAAGGUUUAGCUAAGCAGGCCAACCAAACCCUUUUGAAUGAUAUCUAUACAGAGCUCUACAUCACAGAGGGGGGAAGUGGGGGGGUUAAUAAUGAACACGAGGUCAGACAGAUUGAGACAGCAUCCAAGAGACAAACCACACAGGAGACUGCAAUCCUCUGCAAUGACAUCUUUAAGCCUUUACCUGGACAAGAGAAACCCAGAACUGUGCUUACAAAGGGCAUCGCUGGCAUUGGGAAAACCGUCUCUGUGCAGAGGUUCAUUCUGGACUGGGCAGAAGGAAAAGCCAAUCAGGACAUUGAUUUCAUCUUCACUCUUCCUUUCCGAGAUCUGAAUUUGAAGAAGGAAAGAGCAUUCAGUCUGAUGCAACUUCUGCAUCACUAUUUUCCACAACUGAAAGAGAUAAAAAGUAUUGAAGGUGAUCAAGUCAAAGUUGUGUUUAUCUUUGAUGGUUUGGAUGAGUGUCGACUUCCUCUUCAUUUCCAAAGCAAUAAGUUCUGCUGUGAUAUAACAGAAUCAUCAUCAGUGGAUGUGCUGCUGACCAACCUCAUUAAGGGGAAUCUGCUUCCCAAUGCUCUCCUCUCGAUCACCUCCCGACCAGCAGCAGCCAAUCAGAUCCCUCCUGAGUGUGUCCACCAGGUGACAGAGGUGCGAGGGUUCAAUGACCCACAGAAGGAGGAGUACUUCAGGAAGAGAAUCAGAGACCAGAACCUGGCCAGCAGUAUUAUCUCACACAUAAAGUCAUCCAGGAGUCUCUAUGUCAUGUGUCACAUACCAAUCUUCUGCUGGAUUUCUGCUACUGUUCUGGAGACAAUGUGGGGUAAAGCAGAGAGUGGAGAUCUGCCCAAAACGCUGACUGAAAUGUACACACACUUCCUGCUCAUUCAGACUAAUGUGAAGAAUCAGAAGUAUCAUGGCACUGAUGAGGCAGACCCAAAGAAGUCGUCAGCAUCAGAUACAGAAAUCAUCCUGAAACUGGGGAAGCUGGCUUUUCGACAGCUGGAAAAGGGCAAUCUGAUAUUCUAUGAAGAGGACCUGAGAGAGAGUAGCAUUGAUGUUAGUGAAGCUUCAGUGUACUCUGGGGUGUGCACAGAGAUCUUUAAAGAGGAGUGUGGGUUGUAUCAGGAGAAGGUCUACUGCUUUGUGCAUCUGAGCGUUCAGGAGUAUCUGGCUGCCUUGUUUGUGUUUCAUUCAUGUGUAAAUGAGAACAGAAAUGUACUCAGAGCAGAAAAAUCAAAACCUCAGAGUGACAGAGUGCAGCUGUCUGAGUUACACAGGAGUGCAGUGGAUCAGGCCUUAGAGAGUAAGAAUGGACAUCUGGACCUUUUCCUCCAAUUCCUUCUUGGUCUCUCUCUGGACUCCAUUCAGAUGCUCUUAGGAGGAUUACUGACACAAACAGGAAGUAGAUCAACUGUACCAGACCUACAGACACAGACAGAAAGCAGAUCACAGAGCAUUGAAAAAACAGUCCAGUACAUUAAGAAGAUGAUCAAAAAGGAGUCUUCAGCAGAGAGGACCAUCAAUCUGUUCCACUGUCUCAAUGAACUGAAUGUCAACUCUCUUGUGCAGGAAAUCCAGAAUUCCCUCAGAUCAGGAAAUCUCUCUGAUAAAAAGCUGGUACCAGACCAAUGUUCAGCUCUGGCCUUUGUAUUACUGAUGUCAGAGGAGAUCCUGGAUGAGUUUGACUUGGAGACCUACAACACAUCAGCAGCAGGUCAUCAGAGACUGGUACCUGUAGUCAGGAACUGCAGGAAGUCCAUACUGAACAACUGUAAACUCACACGGAAGUGCUGUAAUAUUGUGGCCUCAGCUCUCCAGUCAUCAAACUCACCCCUGAGAGAUCUGGACCUCAGCUACAAUAACCUGGGAGAUUCAGCAAUGAAGCUGCUCUGUGCUGGACUGAUGAGUCAAAACUGUAAACUGCAGAGACUGGGACUGAACAGCUGUAACCUCACAGAGAAGUCCUGUGAUAGUCUGGCCUCAUCUCUCCAGUCAUCAAACUCACCCCUGAGAGAUCUGGACCUCAGCUACAAUAACCUGAGAGAUUCAGGAGUGGAGCUGCUCUGUGCUGGACUGAUGAGUCCAAACUGUAAACUACAGAGACUGGGGUGAGUAGUGCUGUGUAUUGUGUGAUCUUAACUAAAUAGUAUGGUUCUAUUCAGUGAAAUAUUAAAACCCUCUUUCUCUCUGUUUACUCCUCUGUCCACCAGCAUUCUUUCUUUGCCCAUAUAUACCCUACUCUUCGAUCACAACAAGCAAAUAAAAGCAGGAUAAAACCUUUUGAGAGUUGCCAGGUGUGUGGUUCCUGAGCAGAAUGUAAGGUUUCAGUGGAGUCUGUAGUAUCAGGUCACAGGUGAUGACUGGAUGCUGAGUGUCUGAUUGACAGGGUAAAAGAUUGACCGCCUGUAUAGUAAAAUGUUUCAGGUCUGUCACACAUUGCAGUCUACAUCCAUCUCCAUUAUUCACUACCUGCUAUGAACUCUAAUGAAAUCUAAACAUUUACCCCACUCUCUUUCACACACUGACUUUUUGAUGAAGGUGAGUUUUACUCCUUCAUCACACACCUGUGUGUGCUGCAGGAUUGUGGUGUUUCUGAAAGGAUUGUGAAUAAAAUGGUAUUUUAUUCUGCUGGUAAAGCCGGGCAUUAACUAUUGGCCGGUAGGGUAUGUGUGUACAUCUUGGUGGGAGAGUGUCCAUCUGAACAACAUGUGAGCUGCUGUUCAGAUGCAGCGUUACAUCGUUUAGUUUAGUCACUUUUCUGUGGUUCCAGUCCCAAGUCAUAGCCUGGAUAUUAUAACUUUGUAAGCAGUCAUGCUGUGUGGAAUAGUCUGAUGCAGAAACCAAUAUUAUGGCUCUAGCUCCUAUCAUCUAAAGAAUAACUGCAUUUACAGGAGUAUUUCUUAGAUAAGUAUUCUAAUAAUCUUCAAAUGCCCCCACUUAUUACAUUUUUUGUGCAGUUUAUAUUACUCCACAAGGGCUACCAAACAUGUUGAUAAGGGGUUUUAAAAGAAAAAAAUGACCUAAUACAUCAGGAUUUUAUUUUCAUUAUUAUUAUCAUUGUUACAAAAAUAAUUAAAUGUAACAC